AUGCCCCUUCCAUUCUCCCUGGUCUGUGAGUUGCUUGAGCAAUCCUUCCUUCUUUCUCUUGAUAAGAAGAGUUGCUCGAACACUGUCACAAAGUGGUUCACUCGCCAUCGCAACUACGUCGAUGCUCACGAUACGAACCUCCCGGCGCUGUUAUCGACACUUCUUCCUGAUAAAAGGACCGAUCGAGUUUACUGUAUCCAAUCUGCCAGUCUAGAGAGAAUCAUUGGCCGAGCAUAUCUGCUUGGCUCGUCACGGAUUGCGGAGUUAGCUCAGUACCGCCGGCCAGGGUCUGGUGUCGAUUUGGCAGACUGUGUUUUUCGUAUCCUCACAGUCACACCAAGCCCUAGCUACGAUCAGAAAAAUCUUGUGAAAGUCGAAGAAAUUGAUGAACUUCUUCAUUCUCUCGCGGCUAAAGUAAAAUGGAGCUCCCCUUCGAUCCGUGCCUCACAGGCCAGCCUGACUCCAAGCAACAGGACUGAUGUUGAGAGCCUCUACAGAAGGCUGAGUGCAAUGGAGGCAAAAUGGUUUACGCGGCUUGUUUUGAAAAGCUACCAGCCGCUCGUUCUAGACCCUCAUAUUAUAUAUAGACUUUGUGAUCCUAUUUUGCCCUGCGUUCUGAAGAUACAGGGUGAUUUUGCUACUGCGAUCACUUCCCUCCAAGUGAUACGAGGAAGGCUUCUCCCAAAUGCUGGGCGCAAAACACCACGCGAACAGAUCAUGGGCACAGUCAAACCUCAACUGGGCGUCAAAAUUGGACGACAACCUUGGGUCAAGGGGCGUAGCAUCAAGCAUUGUCUAGACAUGGGCCAUGGGCGCAUGAGUGUGGAGGAAAAGAUUGAUGGCGAAUACUGUCAGAUCCACGUCGAUCCAAGUAAAGGGGAUCCAUGCAUACAGAUAUUCUCGAAAAGCGGUAAAGAUAGCACGGAAGAUAGAGUUGCACUUCACGGGAUCAUACUAGAAUCACUCAAAAUUGGACAGCCCGACACCCGAGUCAAGAAAGCGUGCAUAUUAGAAGGAGAAUUAGUUGUAUAUGAUGAUUCUCAGGAAAAGAUACUUCCGUUUCACAAAAUUAGGAAGCACGUAUCACGAAGAGGAAGGUUUUUGAACACAGAGCUGGACUCCUUGCCUGGGCCCCAGGAACACCUCAUGAUAAUUUAUUACGACGUUAUGCUUUUGGAAGAUCAGUCGCUGAUCAAUUUGAGGCAUUCAGAGAGAUUCAAAAUUCUCUCCAACCUCAUUUGUUGCCGUAAAGGAUGGGCAGAACUCGUUCCGCGCCAAGUCAUUGAUUUUGGACAGCCCCUGGGAGCCUCAACUCUUCGUAAAACUUUUGCCAUGGUCAUUUUGGCUCGGAAAGAAGGCCUGGUUUUGAAACCAGAUGAGCCAUAUUUCGACUUUACAGACCAGAGGCGAAAAUAUUCAAGCUGCUGCAUCAAGCUCAAGAAGGAAUACAUUGGCAAUUUUGGAGAUGUUGGCGACUUUUCGGUUGUCGGUGCCAGGUAUGACUCAACAAAGGCGUUGAGUUACCGAAUUCCAGGGCUCAGGUGGACUCAUUUCUACAUUGGUUGUCUGGAUAACAGAGAAGCAGUCAAAAGCUGGGACGCUAAGCCAGAAUUCACCAUCAUCAAUGUUGUAGAUCUGAACGAAACCAUCCUGAGAGAAGUUGUCACCUAUUCGAACCCGGAGCCUGUUUCUCCAGACGAUAAUGGGGCACUUACUCUCAAACUGGCUCUUGGAGUUGAACAAGGGUCGCCGCCAACAGUCAUAUUCACUAAACCAUUAGUUUUCGAUUUGAAAUGCUUUAGUUUUGACCGAGUGGGAAAUACUGGCUUCUGGAGUCUGAGAUUUCCUUCGGUGACGAAAGUUCACUUUGACCGGGACUUCACUGACACCAUAUCUUUCGAGCAGUUGCAGGCGCUGGCGAAGGAGGCCACGACCGCCGGCAAGUUGGAAGAUAGCCAGGAGAAUCUACAGUGGAUUGCAAAACUCGAAGCAGCUGACCCUCGCGGUAUUGCUGUUGACGUUGCGAGCCAGUUGACAGUGACAAGUAUGCCCACACCGUCCCCUCGCAAAUCAACACAGAAUACCACCUCUACAUGGUCUCCGACGUCACCCUUAGCCACAAAAUCACCAGCUCAAGUCAGCCCUUGCUGCAGCCGACGCGAAAGAGUUCACAAGGCCCCAUCUUUGGAUUUGCCUUCCAAAACAGCUACAACAUCUUUACGGGCUGAACCAUCACCACCCACGAAAUCGUGCACCAAACACAAACGUGGCCUGCCCUCCACUGGGCCAACUUCGCAGCACAAACGCUUGAAGAGCAGCAGUGAAACAUCGAUAAGCCAAAAAGACUACCCACACAUUGAUAUUACUUCACAACCACGCGCACCUCUCGCCGCCAGGGACAACAAUCCGCGACCUCAGCCCGCCAUGACUUCUUACGCACCGUGUUGUCCUUCCUCUCCAAGCGAGAGCCUCUUUGAUGAAUCCAGCAACUCCGAUGGAGUUAACACUGAAGCCAUAAAGUUCAUUAUCAACCCAAGCACUGGCGAGCCCGAACUUCAGACAGAGACCCAACCCGAGCGCCUGAAACCAUUUCCAACCAAGGUGACAACGGCAUUGAAAGGAAAAUGCCUCUACGCUGGCGAAGAUUGCAUGCUUGCAAAUGCAGUUGUACUCGUUUCGCCAGACCUUCUCGCCAUGAAAGAAGAAGCAAAAAAGCUUCUCGCUCAGCAUGGUGUUGACACCCCUGUCACUGACAUCGACACCUGGCUCAAAGCCGAGAAGGAGGCCAGACAGAAAGGGAGAAUCACAACACCUUCAAUGGCUUAUGUAGUGUGCGAUAUCGACAACAAACCUGUGUUUCAGCACCUAGCGGAGAAAUUCAGGGAACUUCGUAGGGACAACCUCUUCAAUAAGGGCACCCACAUCGAAAUUCACGACUGGCGCUUUUUGCCCUAUCUCACGACCCAGGAAGACGAGUCUAUCGAAGAGAAAUACUUUCAUGGGUUCUCUGACUGGCGUAUGCGUUGGAAGCUUCACACUAUCUGA